GACAACAACGCAGAUAAAUACACGCAGACAACAAAAGUAAUUUUAUUAUUCUAUCUUCCAUCAUUAAAAGGACUUGGGAUUUAAGGAGUGAAAACGUCUAAAUUUCUAGUAGUUUUCGAAUAUACGUGGAUAUAAAUCAAACAGCGAAAGAAUAAAUUGCUUCCGCAUUAUUGGUUAGUCUUUUAAUAUUGUCCAAUAUAAACCAAUAAAAAGUAAGGAAUAAAACUAUGGAAUUGGAAACAAUAAAAUCUUAUCUUCACCUUUCAAAUUUCACUUCACCCUCCUCAACACUCGCAUCAAUUCAUACCCAAAACCCAAAACCCAAAACCCUAAUCAACUUUUCUUCUCCCCUAUCAAAAAAUGGAACCCCAAUUCCCAAAUUCCUCUGUUUCAUCCCCUCAACAAUCCUCAAACUCCAAAUCCAAAGACUCACCCACCCAAAAACAGAAACCAAAGCUCCCAACCCCACAAGAUUUAAUCACCCAUUACGAAUCACAAGGUAUGGAUUCCCAUCAAGCCUCCAUUAAAGUCAUUGAUGAUCUUCAACACAUGCUUUUUCGGGUUGUAUCUUCCGGAAGAGGGAAAAAAGACAAAUUGAAAGCUGAAACUUCUAGAAAGCUCGAUAAUGUAAAUGCCCGUCUUGCUAUAAUUGAAAUGAAGCUUGAUUCGAAACCUGGGUACCCUGAAAGUAUUGCUAUUGGUGUUGCUUCUGCUGCUACUUUUCGUGGGUUUUCUGCUAUUUGGCCGCACAUUGCUGCUGCUGCUUCUAGUGUUUGGAACUCUGUUAGGGGCUCUACCAAUACUUAGAAUCCGAGAAAAUCGGCUUUUGUUUCAAUUGGUGUUUUUUAUACUUUUCCUGACUAAGGUUUUGUAUUCAAAUUCUCGCUGCCCCUUUCUUUUCCCGAGCCUACCCUGUACUCAAAUAAUACUUAGAAUCCAAGAAAAUCAAGGAAAUCACAAUGAAUUUAGGAGUUUUUUGGGUUUUAAUUGUGUAAUUGGAGUGUAUGGAAAUAGUUGAUGAAAAGUUUUUGUUAAUUGUAGAACAUUGAAAAAUGAGAAUCGAGAAUUAUUGAAUCUUUAAUGUUAUAUAUAAUUUUUUUGAAAAAUU